GGGGCCGCCUCCGGCAUGCGGAGCUGCAAGAUGGUGCGGGUGGCCAGCGUGCUGGGGCUCGUCAUGCUCAGCGUCGCGCUGCUCAUCCUCUCCCUCAUCAGCUACGUCUCGCUCAAGAAGGACAACAUCUUCGGGGCGCCCCGCGCCGCCGGCCCCGCCGGGCCCCGCAUGUACAUGUUCCACGCGGGAUUCAGGUCCCAGUUCGCGCUGAAGUUCCUGGACCCCUCGUUCGUGCCCAUCACCAACUCCCUGAGCCAGGAGCUGCAGGAGAAGCCCUCCAGGUGGGCCUUCAACCGGAGCGCCUUCGCCCAGCAGAGGCAGGAAAUCCUUCAGCAUGUCGACGUCAUCAAGAACUUCUCCCUGACCAAGAGCAGCGUCCGCAUCGGGCAGCUGAUGCACUACGACUAUUCCAGCCAUAAGUACGUCUUCUCCAUCAGCAAUAACUUCAGGUCUCUGCUUCCCGACGUGUCUCCCAUCCUGAACAAGCACUACAACAUCUGUGCCGUGGUGGGGAACAGCGGGAUCCUGACCGGGAGCCAGUGCGGGCAGGAGAUCGAUAAAUCGGAUUUCGUCUUUCGGUGCAACUUCGCUCCGACCGAGGCUUUCCAAAAAGACGUGGGGAGGAAAACCAACCUCACCACCUUCAACCCCAGCAUCCUGGAGAAGUAUUACAACAACCUCCUGACCAUUCAGGAUCGCAACAACUUCUUCUUGAGCUUGAAAAAGCUCGACGGGGCAAUCCUUUGGAUCCCCGCUUUCUUCUUCCACACGUCGGCGACGGUCACGAGAACGCUGGUCGACUUCUUCGUUGAGCACAGAGGGCAGCUGAAGGUCCAGCUGGCCUGGCCAGGGAAUAUCAUGCAGCACGUUAACAGGUACUGGCGGAACAAGCACCUGUCCCCCAAGCGGCUGAGCACGGGGAUCCUCAUGUACACCCUGGCCUCUGCCAUCUGCGAGGAGAUCCACCUGUACGGCUUCUGGCCCUUCGGCUUCGACCCCAACACGCGGGAGGACCUCCCGUACCACUACUACGACAAGAAGGGGACCAAGUUCACCACCAAGUGGCAGGAGUCCCACCAGCUGCCCGCCGAGUUCCAGCUGCUCUACAGGAUGCACGGCGAAGGACUGGCCAAGCUCACCCUGUCGCAUUGUGCCUAAGAACCUCCAGCUCCAAGUGCCAAAUGACCGUCUAAAAAAGUGCCCAAAUCCAGAAUUAAACGUUCUCCAGAUAGAAGUCUAAACAGGAAAAGGAAACAAACCCGCCCUAAAAAACCUUUUCCGUGAUGUAAAGAUGCUUUUCAGCCCCCGCCCUUCCGGGGGUCUCAGCUUAUUUAGCGGCGCAGAAGCUUUUUAUCGCGUUCCGUGGGUGCGGUUUGUGCAGCAGCAAAGUGGAGAUGUUUUGCAUUUCUAGAGAAGCCGCUCAGUAUGUUUUUAAGAGCUCUUCAUGUUUUAGCCUUCCACGAAAAAAUCCCUCCGUUUUAUUGUCCCUUCCCCGUUAGGACUAGGUUUUAAAGGGUUUUGCUUCUUUUGUCUCUGUUGCUCUCGAUAGCUCGGUGUCGCCGUGGCCGAGGGAUAAGGGCGCUGGGAACUCCAGUGCAUCCUCCCGAGCCAGUUCCUCCGCGUGGAUCCAGAGAUCCACCGCUCGGGUAUUUUCCUAUUUCCUGAAUUUUACAUUUUUUAAAGAAUAACAAGAAGAAGAAGAAGGUCACGACACGGUUCGUACCUCAGCUAGGUGUUUAUAUCGCUCUUGGAAUACUUCGGGGGUUUAAUUCCAUUUGGGACACAUCCCAGUCCAGACCAGAGAGGCUGAGGCAUGUUCAUUCCCAUCUGGUCAUUUACUUUAAAGCUAAAAGAUUUCCCCAUUUACACUUCUAUUUCCCCAGUCAAACAACCGAAAUAGUGGCCCCAUUUCCCAGUCGCAGGAGGAAGUCAGGCUGUUUGGAGACAGGACAAACCUGAGGGUCACUGAGGGCUGGGAAAUGUGGGCCAUUAUGCCUCGGGAUAAAGAAUCCUGGGAAAUAACUGGGUUCCUUAUCACAGCAAGUAUUUCAACAUUUUUUUCCUCUUCUGUGUGAGAACUGACCACGCACUGAAAAAGGGAUGCAAAAUCCCAUUUGAAUCAUACUUUAAAAUGGCACGUGCUAAUUUUUCUCAGCCUCUUUACCUACAAGCAGCUGUAGGAGGUGAGGAAGGAGGUCUCUGGCACAACACCCAAGCCAAGCAGCCCCGAGCAUCUCCCGGUGCCCGUCGUGGCACCGCAGCUCCACCGCCCCCAGAGCCAGCCCCGUUCUCCCCUGCCUCCCUUCCUCAUUGGAAUUAGCCCACAUUUCCCAGAUUUGCUGGUGCAGAGGCUGUUUAGGGCUGUGGAGGGGCUUGGCUCAGCUCAUGGUGGAUAUUCUCACCUCUCACCGGUGUUGUCAUCACCUGUGAGGGCCUGAACCUGCCAGGGGCUUGUGCUUAUUAAUGCCAGAUAUUUUUCAUCCAUUGCCUGCAGGGAGCGAUCAUUUCUAAUCAGCAAAUUAAAGGAAUGUGAACUGCCAUCGUUGUAUCGGAAGGAAAGCAGGGCCUGAUGUGCUCCGUGCAGUUUUUGGCACCUGAAAGAGGGACAGUGCCCGGGACAGGCCUGGCACCGCGACCGGAACUUUCCAGAGGCACCGAGCGCGGAGGGGGAAGCACAAAACCCGCCGCAGAGAUUGGGAAAGGGGAGCACAGCAAAAAAAUUAUUGACAGAGCUCCAUAUUACAGCAUUGAUUUUCCAGCCAAACUCCCCGUCGACGGCGCAGCCCCACGUCGAACAUUCCAGAAUCAUUGAUUCGAACGGGGCUCCCGCCCCGCGGUCGAUGGCGCAGCACAGCCCAAAGUAAAUUGCUUCUCGGUAUCAAUAUUUCUCUUUUUUUGCGGGGUGGAAAACCACCUCCAAACGUGCAGCUUUUGUCGGGGGAUCCGGUGGGAUCCGAGGGAGGGCUGAGUACGGAAGGGGAUGGAGAGGACAGUGGCAGAGGGGCUGCCUCUCUGCAGCAGAAACGCCUUUCCACGGAUAAACCAGUCCCUUAUUGCGUAUUUAAUUGUUGUUCAGAAGGUGCCUCCCUGCUCAGGACGGCCAGCAGCGCCUCGGCUGGGCCCUUCCUUCCCUCUGUUCGGCCCCAAAUGUUCCUGCACGAAUCCCUGAUGGCUCAGGGAGAACCCUCCCUCUCCUGAGGACGAGCCAAGAGAGCUGAUGCGGCAGGGUCGAUAUCUGUAAGUACAGAACAUUUCAGGUUCCAAAAUCCAGAGGAACCCUCCCGUCCGGCUCCUUCCAUCGGGACACAGACCCUGUCCAGUGGCAGCCACAUCCUGCUCCAGCCCCUCUGCCAAAGGGAGGGGGGGCCAAGGACCCCCCUCAGGGGGUGCUGGGGGUGUACAUAGGAUUGGAAAUGCGUGUUCCCUUUCUCCUUUCACACCUCUUGGGGGUGGAUUUUCGUUGCUUGCAUCUCCUCAGAGGCGGCUCACGAAAACAGGCGUUUGGGCUGCCGGGUUGGCUGGUGGAGGAACCCAAAAAACAAGUGUUUGUGACACAGAACCGACUGUGAACGGGGGCCGCGGAAACGUGAAAAAGCAGGUUUUCUGUCAAUGAAUGUGUCUUCAUUCCAAUGGCUCUACAGUUCAACAAUGCCUGAGGCAGUUGUUUUCGAUAAAAAAAUAUAAAUAUUUAAGAAAAAAAGAAAGAAAAAAAGAAAAAAAAAAGAAAAAAAUGCCAUAAUUGUAAUAAAGGUUCCAUAAUUAAUGGCCAUACUAAAAGCAUUGUUUAUUUUGAAAUGGCUGAUGUUCACAAGGGGCCAGGGCGUGUCUCAGGUGAGCGGUGGGAAGGACACUGGUGUCCAGCCUCACACCCCUGGAGAGCCUCGAGAGCAGGACUGGGGGCACUGGGCCCUGGCCAGGGGUGUCCCCAGCCCCGAGGCCGGGGCGGGGCUGCACAGCACAGCCUGCCCUGGCUCCUCUCGUGGCAGUGAGCUCCCGGUGUGCCCCUGCAGUGUGAUGUGCCUGCAGCGUUGACUCAUGUGCCAUAACCCGAUAUUGAAUGCGUUGUUUUUAAAUAAAAUGGUUUCUUGUGCAUUGGGAGUCCG